GAACUCGUGUCUGUUUCCUGCGUGCUAUAGUGAAGCAGCAUGGCUUCAUCUGCGAAGCGGCGAGCUAUUGAAACGGGUCUAAACCCCCAAGACAGCAAUGAAAGCUCGGACGAGGGUCUGGAAGACUCUGGGGACGAGGGAAGUGAAGAUUCAGAAGAAGAAAUAAACGAGGAGGUCAUCGUGGAUUUUGAAGCACACGCGAUAUCUGACAACGACUUUCAUGGCAUUAAAACCCUUCUGCAACAGCUGUUCCUGAAGUCUCACGUGAACAUCUCUGAUCUCACUGACAUCAUCAUUCAGCAGAAUCACAUCGGCAGUGUCAUCAGGCAAGCUGAGGUACCGGAGGACAGUGAUGACGAGGGCGACCCAGAUGAGGUGUUUGGAUUCAUCAGCAUGGUGAACAUCACAGAGAGACAGGGUGUGGAGUGUCUGGAGAAGCUGAAGGACAUGAUUAUAGAGCAGUGUGUGAAUUCCAGCUCCCUGGAUGUUCAGGAGAGGUUUGAGCAGCUUCUGUCGGGUAACGGACCCUCAGUCGGGCUGCUGCUGAGCGAGAGAUUCGUCAACGUCCCGCCACAGAUCGCCCUACCCAUGCACAAACAGCUCCAGAAGGAAAUGGCCGAAGCACAGCGGACCAAUAAACCCAGCGGUAAAUGCCAGUACUACUUGAUGAUCAGCAAAACUUGUAAACCAGCCAAGAAGAGCAUAUCUGGUCAAGCUCAGCCCAAAGAAGAGAUCCGGUUUGUGAACGAUGAGGAGGAGUUCUUCUAUGAGCAAGCCACGCUGAAGUUCAGCUACUCCGUUCAGGACGAGGCCGAUUCCUGUGCGACUGGGAAGUGGUCGUACGACGACGUACCACUGAAACCGUUCCGUACCGUGAUGGUGAUCCCGAUGGACAGGAUGGGAACCAUCAUAGCUAAAAUGACUGAAUAUCUGACCGUCUAAACUGAACUCUGCUCCUCUUGUGGUUUAUUUUUAAACGUUGUUCAAGAAAAGAGUUUCGAUGAGAUGUUAAAUGUCCCAGGUCGAGUUUUCAAGCUCGUAAUAAAAUGUUUAAACUGGCCACAAAACAGAUUGAUAACAAAUCACCCCAAACCAGUGAAAUCAUUUAUUAAUUCUGUACAUAAUCAGUUGAAAUUACCCAUAAAACAAAUGACCCAAACAGGA